AUGGCGUCCACUACUCCGGCACCAUCAGAAGCUGCAAAGCCCUUCGAUAUUGUCGCAACUUACAAUGAGCUGCUUCACUCAGAUCCGGACUUGACAAUGCCAAUUGCUGCCAUCGAAGCUUUGGUAUUACUUCUCACACACUCUCCUUCGUCGACGAUAUCAGAAACCCUCGAUUUACUCGAAAAGUCUACUGCCCACCUGAAAAAAUCAAUCCCUAACCCCAUUGGUCUCUCGGCUGGAACCGAUCUCUUCCAACGGUAUCUGAUUACUACGCUACAGCGACCAGGUCAGCUAGGGCCCGCUGGAGAUUUCAACGCUAUCAGAGCCCAUCUUCUCUCGAACGGUCGGUUGUUCAUCAGACGUGCAAAGGAAAGCCGAGACAAGAUUGCUGCGUUUGGAAGGGGAUUUGUUCGGGAUGGCAGUACAGUAUUGACGAACGGUGGAUCCCGAGUCGUCGCUUCAUUAUUGCAGAAGGCCGCUGAUGAGAAGGGUGGGCCUUCUGCGGUACGUUUCCGUGUCAUUUAUGUCCUUUCUCCCGCUAAGGACUCUUCCGCGGAGCCUGAGGGUAUGGAAACAGUGCGCGCGCUGCGCGCAAAGGGUGUCCCGGUUGCUACGAUUCCAGAAUCAGCUGUUGCAUACUCACUCGGCAAGGCGGAUAUUGUCAUCGUGGGUGCGGAAGGUGUGGUGGAAAAUGGAGGCAUUGUGUCUCGUAUGGGAACCUACCAGAUCGGCCUUCUCGCCAAGGCUAUGGCAAAGCCUUUCUACGCUGUGGCGGAAAGCCACAAAUUUGUCCGACUGUAUCCACUUGGGCAAUAUGAUUUACCCAUUGAACAACGAGUGAUUGACUUCAACACCGAAGAAGAUAUCACUGAUGGACACAAGCCACAGUCGGUAGCUCAUAGUUCGGAUGUGGUGGACUUCACACCGCCCCAUCUCAUAUCCGCCUUGAUCACGGACAGUGGCGUCCUAACACCAAGUGCUGUUAGUGAAGAGUUGAUUAAGAUCUGGUUCUAA